UCUCUCUCUCUCUCUCUCUCUCUCUCGCUCUCUCGCUCUCUGACUCAACUUACUGCCUCUCCUACUUCCUGGCCUCACACAAACACACAUACACACACAGACAGAGAGGCUACAGAAGCGUGGAGUUCGCAACAUCUCUUGUUUGGAUUAAACCCAGAAGCUUUUCAUACAUCAUCGAAGACAGAGAGAACCAGAAACAUCAGUAUAUCUUUUUUUUGUUCUUUCUUUUUCUUGUUCUUCACUUGUGUGUGGCACCUGGGUGGGACAGGAUGAUAGCUGCUCAGCUGCUGGCCUACUAUUUUACUGAGCUGAAGGAUGAUCAGGUCAAAAGGAUUGACAAGUAUCUGUACUCCAUGCGGUUCUCAGAUGAGACUCUCCUGGACAUCAUGGCCCGGUUCAAGAGGCAGCUGCAGAACGGACUGGGGAGUGACACCAACCCCACAGCCACCGUCAAGAUGCUGCCCACCUUCGUCAGGUCCAUUCCCGACGGCUCAGAGAGGGGAGACUUCAUUGCUCUGGAUCUGGGGGGGUCCAAUUUCCGCAUCCUGAGGGUGAAGGUGUCCGAUGAAAAGAAGCAGACGGUGCAGAUGGAGAGCCAGAUCUACGACACGCCUGAAGACAUCAUGCAUGGCAGUGGCACACGGCUGUUUGACCACGUAGCAGAGUGUCUUGGGGAUUUCAUGGAGAAACAGAAGAUCAAAGACAAAAAGCUUCCUGUUGGCUUCACCUUCUCGUUCCCAUGUCAACAGACCAAACUGAAUGAGGGAUAUCUGUUGUCCUGGACCAAGCGUUUCAAAGCCAAUGGUGUGGAGGGGAUGGAUGUCGUCAAGCUGCUGAAUAAAGCCAUCAAAAAACGAGGGGACUAUGAUGCAGACAUCAUGGCCGUGGUGAACGACACGGUGGGAACCAUGAUGACGUGUGGCUUCGACGACCAGCGUUGUGAAGUUGGGAUGAUCAUCGGUACGGGCACCAAUGCAUGCUACAUGGAGGAGCUGAGGCACAUUGACCUGGUGGAGGGGGAUGAGGGCAGGAUGUGCAUCAACACAGAGUGGGGUGCCUUCGGGGAUGAUGGGAUGUUGGAGGACAUAAGGACAGAGUUUGACAGAGAGAUCGACAGGGGCUCCCUCAACCCUGGAAAACAACUGUUUGAGAAGAUGGUGAGUGGGAUGUACCUGGGGGAGCUGGUGAGACUGAUCCUGGUGAAGAUGGCCAAGGAAGGACUGCUGUUUGAAGGGAGGAUAACCCCAGAGCUGCUCACCAAGGACAAGAUUGAAACCAAGCACGUCUCUGCCAUCGAAAAGACUAAGGAAGGCUUGACCAAGGCCAAGGAGAUCCUGACACGCCUAGGGGUGGAGCCAUCCUCCGACGACUGCAUCGCCGUCCAGCACGUCUGCGCCAUCGUCUCCUUCCGCUCCGCCAGCCUGAUCGCCGCCACCCUGGGCGCCAUCCUCACCCGGCUGAAGGAAAACAGGGGUGUGGGUCGUCUUCGCACCACUGUGGGCAUUGACGGAUCCCUGUACAAGAUGCACCCACAGUACUCUCGCCGACUCCACAAAACGGUCCGCCGACUGAUCCCAGACACCGACGUGCGUUUCCUGCUCUCUGAAAGCGGCAGUAGCAAAGGGGCUGCCAUGGUAACAGCAGUGGCCUACCGAUUAGCUGACCAGUCUCGUCAGAUAGUCCAGACGCUGUCAGAGUUCCAACUGACCACAGAGCAGCUGCUGGAGGUGAAGAAGAGGAUGAGGACGGAGAUGGAUAUCGGCCUGGCCAAGAACACGCAGGACAAGGCCACAGUCAAGAUGCUACCCAGUUUUGUACGCAGCACACCUGAUGGCUCAGAGAAUGGGGACUUCCUGGCGUUGGAUCUGGGUGGCACCAACUUCCGGGUAUUGUUGGUGAAGAUCCGCAGUGGAAAGAGGAGGACAGUGGAAAUGCACAACAAGAUCUAUGCCAUCCCCAUGGAGGUGAUGCAGGGCACUGGAGAAGAGCUAUUUGACCACAUAGUUCAGUGUAUUUCUGACUUCCUGGACUACAUGGGGAUGAAGAACACCCGUCUUCCUCUGGGCUUCACCUUCUCCUUCCCCUGCCAGCAGACCAGUUUGGACGCUGGCGUCCUGUUAACAUGGACCAAGGGUUUCAAGGCAACAGACUGUGAAGGAGAGGAUGUGGUGGGUCUGCUGAGGGAGGGCAUCAAGAGGAGAGAGGAGUUUGACCUGGAUGUUGUGGCCAUAGUGAAUGACACAGUGGGUACCAUGAUGACGUGUGCUUACGAGGAGCCCACCUGUGAGGUCGGACUGAUUGCAGGGACGGGCAGCAAUGCCUGCUACAUGGAAGAGAUGAGGAACAUUGAGACGGUGGAGGGCGACGAGGGGAGGAUGUGUAUCAACAUGGAGUGGGGCGCGUUCGGGGACAACGGCUGUCUGGAUGACAUGAGGACAGAAUAUGACAGGGCAGUGGACGAACUCUCUCUCAACCCCAGCAAACAAAGGUAUGAGAAGAUGUGCAGUGGGAUGUACCUGGGGGAGAUCGUCAGGAACAUCCUGAUCGACCUGACCAAACGGGGCUUCCUGUUCAGAGGACAGAUAUCAGAGACCCUGAAGACUAGGGGCAUCUUUGAGACCAAGUUUCUUUCUCAGAUAGAGAGUGACCGCCUGGCGCUCCUGCAGGUCAGGUCCAUCCUGCAGCACCUGGGGCUGGACAGCACGUGUGAUGACAGUAUCAUAGUCAAGGAGGUGUGUGGCGCCGUGUCUCACCGCGCAGCUCAAAUCUGCGGAGCCGGAAUGGCCGCCGUCGUCGACAAGAUCCGAGAGAACCGCGGGCUGGCCAACAUGGACAUCACAGUGGGGGUUGACGGAACACUCUACAAGCUCCACCCACACUUCUCCAAGAUCAUGCACCAGACGGUGAAGGAACUGGCUCCUCAGUGCAACGUGAACUUCCUGUUGUCAGAGGAUGGGAGCGGGAAGGGAGCUGCCUUGAUCACUGCUGUGGGCUGUCGCAUGAGGCAGCAGGAACAGCGAAGCUGAAGGCAUUGAACGCACACUCACACAAACUCACAAACACGCACACGUGGAAACACGUCACACAUUUUCACCCCAUGCCAGACUCUUGACCAUCAAUGAGCACACCCCAGACGCCUCUGAUCAAAACAUACUUAUCACCUCGGGGUGUGUCCCUACGUGGAUGGGUGUAUUUGUGCUGAUCAAGCUUUAACUUCUGUCGCUUCUUCUGCUGCUCUUGCCGGUCUUCUGCGGUGUUUGUUUAUUUGUUAGUAUUUUAGUAAGUGUGUGUGUGUGUAUGUAUGGUUGUAUGUGUGUGUAAUAUGCAUUGUAACAAGGGACACAGAGGGUUCUGUGUUUUAGUUUCGAAUUUAAGACAUAAAACUUCUAUUUUCUGUAUGUAUAUUAGCAAAAAAGGGAAUAUUGUUAAUUAAAGCUUCUAAAACCUUGCCCGGGUAAAUACGUACACAA